AUGACUUUAACCGAAUUUGUAAAAUCCGAUAUUUUAGCCACUUGCAGUGCUUUAGGCACCCAAAAAGGACUUAUUUACGAAACGAGUGCUGAAUGUUUGGAAUGCUUGCGCGACCUUUUGAGAUAUUUGAAAAACGACUAUGAUGAUCAUUCUGUAAUUCGUUACUUAGGAUCAAUUCGUCUAUUACAAACAGACAUCAUACCAAUUAUUAAGCAGUAUCACAGAGAACAAGAAAUUUUUGAUUUUGCUUUGCGUCUUCUAGUUGCCAUAACCAAUCCUGCGUUGCUGCUGUAUAAAGAAGAACUGCCUGAUGAAAAAUUGGAGCGCAAUGUUUAUCUUCAAAUCGUAUCAUGUCUACAGACUUAUAAAAAAGCAUUGAUCGAUUCCACCUUUUGGAAAGCUCUAUAUGUCCGCUUGUACAAUCUGCUGGAUAAAAGUGCGUUUGAACGUACGGACGAUGAAAAUUUGACAAUUGAAAGAAUUUUAAUUACGGUUCGUAAUGUUCUUCAUGUGCCUUCAGAUGAAAGUUCAUGUAUUAGAACUGAUGAUGAUUACAGCUUGCAUGACAAACUUCUGUUAAGCAUUCACGAAUCCAAGUUGGAUCUUCUUGUUUUAUAUAUGGCUGCUAAUGAAGACGAGCAUGAUUAUUGUCUUCAUGUCUUGGAAAUCAUUUCUUUAAUGCUUCGUGAGCAUACUGCAGCUGAUCUGGCUCGCACUGCUGAUGUACGUUCUGACGCAGAGAAGGAAGAAGAUUUAAACACUUUAAUGGUUGUGAGGCAACGAGAACAACAUAUGAAAAUUCAAAAGUUAAAAUCCCUCACACCUAGGUUUAGUCGAUUUAACGGAGUGUAUCAAGUAAAAAAUAUGAAGUCUCUUAGUGAUAAAGAUUAUAUUGCUCAUAAAUUUGUUAACUUAGACGAGGUGAAAUUUGACGCUCAAAAGAGUGCUAGGAGAACCCCAAAAAAUAGACUUCCAGCUCGUGACCAAAACGAGACAAGGCGUUCAAAAUUUACAGUUAGGUUGCUGCUGAAGAAAAUAUGCAUAGAAUUUUUAAAAUCUUACAAUAAAUUGCUAGUUUCUGUGAAACGCCAUCUACAGCACAAUAAAACCAAUGAAAAUGAUGAUACAUAUUUUUUGUGGGUUAUUCGUUACUUCAUGGAAUUCAAUCGCAUUCAUGAUUUUAAUGUUGCUUUUGUUGCUGAGACCAUUUCUAUGCAAACAUUUCACCACAUUCAAACAGAAAUCAACAACUAUCUUGAAAUGAUGCUGACUGAUAAAAAGAAAAUGAUGUUUUGGUCCAGAAGAACACAGUUAGGAGUAAGCGCAUAUAAAGAACUUCUUGAAACAUUAAGGGUAAUGGAAAGAUCUAAAGAGGAAGUGAUAAGGUAUAAUGCUGAUCUUAUAAUACAGAAUGUAUUUUAUGUGAUUGAAUACAGAGAACUGCUUUAUACAUUGCUUAUUCAAUAUGAUGAAGUUAAGUUUCCGUUGUCUUAUCUCGCUGAACUUGUAGAAAGUGUAUAUCUAUUUUUAAGAAUGCUGGAAAAUCAUUCUAAAAGACAUUCUGAAGUGAUUGUCCAAACGAAAAAAAGGACUGUUCGUCGAAGAAAGAAGAAGUCGCAAGUUGAAGAGCUUGUAGCAAUGGAGCAGCUACUUAAUGACCAGUGGGAAACCAUAUCUGGUGAUUUAUUUGCCGCCACACAAGGUGAAGUAGAAUUGCCCACUAACUUAACGCCUUUUGAUGGUGCUUCAAACAUUUCUUUCACAGAGCAAAAAGUUGAAGUUGUCUACAAAAUCCGAGAUUCUAUCACUGCUAAUGACGCUGCUUCGGCUGUUGCUUUGUUACGAGCCGCAAGGGAGCUCUGGCCGGAGGGUGAUGCUUUUGGAAAUGCCACUAUUUCUGCAGAGGAGGAGGUUAACAUUUUGAAAGAGAUUCAUUUCUCAAAUGUUCAGCGAACAAACUCUGAAGGUAACACAGUUGAGCACGAAGAAUCUGAUGUUGAAGAAGAAGAAAUGGAAGCAUCAAUGCCUUCUGUUGCUGAGAAAAAAUUAGAAAUAGAUGAAGUUUAUAAAAAGUAUGCUUCACCAAAAGUAGUUCAGCCGUGCUGUUUAUUAUUAGCAAAUUAUCAUAAAAAUUCUGAUCAAACAAAUACCAGCUUAAUUAAAUUGAUACAUAAAAUUGCUUGUAAUUGCAAAAUGUAUGCUUUAUUUUUCCAGUCUACAGUGUUUGUGACUUUUCACAAAAUCUUUAAUGAUCCUGAAGUUAAUUUCUGCCCAAUUAUUAAAGCAUUUUACAGAUUUGGUAAAUUCAUUAUGUCCAAAUUUUUUGAAACGGCAGAAGAAAACCCUAAAAUUUUUGUUGAGAUGUUAUUUUGGAAAGGGGUUCGUGAGGUUUACAAGUUAGAGGAAGGUUAUGGAGCAUCUGAAAAUAGUUCAUCAAAACUGAUUUGGACUGAAGAAGAAGAUGAAGAAUUGCAAUAUCUCUUUGAAGAAAAUAAGGAUGUACAUAUUGAAGGGCAAGAUGUUGCUGAUAUCAUAUGCGCAAUUAUGAAUAAAAAAUCAAAAUCUAAAAAGCAAAUUAUAUCAGCCUUGAAAAGAUUAGGAUUGAUAAGUAAUGCAAAAGAUUUAAAACCACAUUUGAGUAAAGAAUGGCGGGAAACAGAAGUUUUGGAACUUACGCAUUUAUUCAGUGAUUACAGGGACUCAGAAGAUAUAAUGAGUGAUAUUCGUGAAAGGCUUUCUAUCAAACGCUCGAGGAAAGCUAUUGUUGAAAAGUUACUGGAACUUAAUUUAAUCACUGAUCGAAAAGAAGUUAAAAAGAAGAAAUCAAAGAAGCAGAAUAAAAAUAAUGGCAACAAAACCAUUCCUCUUAGUUCAAAAAGUUCAAAGGCCAAGAGAAAGCUGAUUAUUUUUAGUGAUGAUAAUGAUAUAACCGAAAUAAACAGUAAUAAAAAAACUGCACUCAUUGAUGAAGAUAAAAGUGCAAAAGAUUCUUCUAAUUUAAAACUGAAGAAAAAGAAAAUACGUAUUUUGCUGGACAGUGAUGAUUCUUCUUGAAACUUGUGCAUUAUCAAUUCAAAACUACUUUUAGUACAUUA